GACAUCAUUUACACAUUUUGUGAUUUAGUUGCGCGGAACGUCGGACGUGAAUUUAUGUUAUUAUAAUGGUGAACUGCAGCAUAAAUGGUUGUAAAAACUCAUCAAGGACGUGUAAUUCAACUAAUAAAGGCAUAACCUUUCAUCGAUUCCCGAAAGAUCCUGAUAUUAAAGAAAAAUGGAUAAAUCUUACUGGUAGACAGGACUGGUUCCCUACAGAAAAUAGUCGAAUUUGUUCAAUCCAUUUUCAUGAAAAUGAUUUUAAUGUCACUGCUAAAAGAUGCAAUUUAAUGAAAUCAAGCAUACCCACAUUGAAUAUAUGGAAGUUAUGCUCUGAAAAUUCCACAGCAAACAUUCCGUCAACAUCCGCUCUGCCGGUAACGUCUACGCUACCAUCUACUCCUUCACGCAAACGUGUUUUCCCAUUACCAUCCUCAAAUCACACGGAAAAUCAGCCAUCGAUUAAUCUUGAUACACCCAGAAAACAAAAGUUACGUCGAAUAAUCGAGACAAAUAAGGGUGUAAUUACAAGCCAGCGUUUGAUGAUUAAGAGAUUGCAAUCUAAAACACGGCGAUAUAAGAAAAUAAAUCUAGAACUAAAACACAUGCUAAAGAAUUUAGAGAACAAGCGCCUAAUAACUGGAGAUCAGGCUAUGUCUUUAGAAAACAUGAAUUUGACCACACAAGAUUUGAUUGGCAGAUAUAACCUAACAUUAUAAUCAGGAAAAAAAACGCGUGCUAAAUUUUCAGAGAAUCUAAGAAGUUUUGCGAUGACCUUGCAUUUUUACUCUCCGAAAGCUUACGAAUUCGUAAGAACAAAAUUCAACACAUGCUUACCUCACGUAAGAACAUUAAAAAAAUGGUACCAAUCCAUUAAUGCCGAACCAGGAUUCACAACAGAUGCAUUAAAUGCGAUUAGAGCCAAAGUUAAAAUCAGUAAACAUUCCAUUCUUUGCAAUUUAGUAAUAGACGAAAUGGCUAUUCGUCAACGCUUAGAGUGGGAUGGCAAACGGAUGCAUGGCUAUGUAAACAUAGGCAUUGGUAGUGACGUUGGUGCUGGAGAUAGCUCUAAAAUAGCUAAAGAAGCGUUCGUAUUUUUAAUAACAGCCAUUAAUGCAUCAUGGAAAAUUCCAGUUGGUUAUUUCCUUGUAGAUGGACUAUCGGGAGAACAAAAGUCAGCUUUAGUACUGCAGUGCUUGGGGCUGCUUCACUCAACAGGAAUCGAAGUUAUCUCCAUGACUUUUGACGGUUGUCCGGCUAAUAUAGCUAUGGCAAAAAAACUCGGUUGUUCCUUAGAGGUUCAUAAUAUGGUGACAAAUUUUAAACAUCCCGUUACAGGGAAACCUGUCAGUAUUUUCCUCGACGCCUGCCAUAUGAUUAAACUUGUUCGGAAUUCGUUUGAAUCUAGUGGUAGUUUUAAAGAUUGUAAUGGGAACCAAGUGAAAUGGUCACAUUUAGUUAAACUAAAUAAUUUGCAGGAAAAAGAACAUCUUCAUUUAGCGAAUAAACUUAAACGAGGUCACCUAUUUUUUAAAAAUCAAAAAAUGAAGGUAAGAUUAGCAACCCAGCUGAUGAGCAACAGUGUUGCAGAUGCGUUGAAAUUCUGCUGCCAGUUAAACCACAUAGAAUUUUCAGAUGUUGAUGGCACAGUAACUUUUUUGAAAAGCUUGAACAAUUUAUUCGAUGUUCUCAAUUCACGGAAUAUGAACCAAAAUUAUUUUAAAAAACCUUUGUAUUUUAGAAAUAAAGAAAACAUUUUUAAUUUUUUAGGUGAAGUUGAAGAUUAUUUAAAAACUCUUAAACUUGAUGACGGGCAAUAUGUAAUAAAAACAAAUAAAAAAACGGGCUUUAUAGGACUAUUAACUUGUAUACACAGCUUAAAAGAAAUAUAUAUUAGAGUAAUAGAAGAUGAAAAGAAACUUCAGUAUUUACCAGGCUAUAAGUUUUUACAAGAUCACCUUGAACUGACUUUUGGUCAUAUAAGAGCACAUGGAGGUUGUAAUAACAAUCCCACGGCGCGGCAAUCUAUGUCGAUUUAUAAAAAACUUAUAGCACAUAUUGAAUUAAAAGAUUUUGAUAGUGGCAAUUGCGUUGCUCUAGAAAAUCUAUCAAUUUUAAGUUGUUCAUCAGCCAUUCAAAAAAUUAAUAUUACUUACACUAUGACGCCACUUUGCAAUUACGAACCAGAGGAAGAUAUGAACAAUCAAAGCUAUUUUGAUGAAAUGUUGUCAAAUUAUGAUAUUGAUAUAUCGGAAUUUCGACAACAAGUCGUGACGUACAUAGCUGGGUCCGUUGCACAUUAUUUAUUAAAAAAAAUAAAAUGUACAUGUGUCUCUGCUUUAUUGGGAUCUGAUAAAAAUGAUGACCAUGUCGAUUUUAUUAAAUUAAAAGACAAUGGUGGACUAAUAAUUCCAAGUGCAGAUGUUAUAACUAUAUGUUUGAAAGCAGAAACUAUUUUAAAAAAACUAUUUUUGGACUGCAAGAUGGUAAAAAUGCAAACAUUAAAGGAUCACUUUCUUGCGAGAGCUAUGAGUCACUUUGUUGCCAAAAAUAUAUUUGCGAAUAUUCAAUAUCAUCAGUAUGAUCAAUCUCCUCUUGAUAAUCACAUAGUUCAGUUGAUUAAAUGCGUUUUGGAGAAGUAUAUGGACAUCCGUUUAAAUUAUUUUGCUAAAAAUGCGAUACAAAAAGUUAAAAAAAGGCAGUUUUUAAAUAAAUUUCUUCAUUUUACGGGUCAAUAAAAUCGUUUCGUAGAGUUGAUGACAAUAUUAAUUGCAAAGUACUGCUACAGAUACUUGUUUAGUACCCAAUAUAAUUAAUUAUAUUUUCAAACAUAGUGUAAAGAAUAAGGGUAUUACACAGUUGACGACUAUGUAAAUAUCAUAAAGAAAAAAUAAGACUCACAACUCUGUUUAUUAAACUUAUUUCUAUAUUAAUAUCACUCUAACUUAAUUAUUUCAUAAGUGUACCUACGCUAUAACCUCGAUUAAUUAAGUAUUCUGACUGUUAAUAGAUAGCUCGAUUUUAAAUAGUAAGUAUCAUUACUGUUAAAUAUUAAAAAAUUUGUAUA